AAAACCGAACAUGGCUCUACAAAUCCACUUCUCUUCCUCCUUCACCAGCAGAACUUGUGAUCUUCAUCAUACCCUUCUCUUCUCUCCCUCACAACCCUCCUUCUUCACUGUCCGCUCCCAAAAGCCCUCAGAAUCCUCAAAUCCUACCACCAAUGUCGAUGGUUCUGACUCAGUUUCGACUACUCCUCAGAAAUCUAGCUCACCUGGGGUUGGAUUCGGGUCGUCGGUGUCGUCGAAUUUGAGUAAGAAAAAUGCUAGUGCGGCUACUAGUAAGAAGCAGAAGGGUAAAAGGGAGAGGGCCUCCAUAAUUAGGCGUUCCCCUGUUGAGAAACCAACGUUUGUAUCGGAAAUAGAUGAGGCUAAAGCGAAAGAGCUGCGUAAGAAUGAAAGCUCUUUUCUUCUUGCGUGGUUGGGUUUCGGCGCUGUCAUUCUUGUCGAGGGCAUUUUUAUUGCGGCGUCAGGCUUCCUACCGGAAGAAUUGGACAAAUUUUGUGUGAACUAUCUUUACCCUUCUUUUACCCCAACAGUCUUCGUGUUUGUAGCUGGAACAGUUGUAUAUGGAGUGUAUAAAUAUCUGCAGAAUGAGAAAAUUGGAGGUCAGGAAUAAUGUGACAUGUAUAAAAUUAGAAAAUUAGAAGUCCGACUAGGUAUAGUAACUGCAAUCACAUUCCCCAAGUUGUAGUUUGAUUCAAUGCCUUUUCUUAUUGGUAAAAAAGGGUGUCAAAGAUAAAAGAUGAUUUCAGGCGCUUUGCAUUUCAAUGAGAAUUACUUUUUAGUUGAUCAUUUGGGCAUC